AUGUCCUCUGCCAUGAAGCGACCUGCAGAUGAUGGAGAAGAGCUACCUGCUAAGAAGCCUCGAACGCUGCCAGCUAUAGGACAAACGGUUGAGGAAGACCAUCAUGUCUUCAUUUCCCUAGAAGGUUAUGCUGAGAAGGUUAGCGAAUUGUUUGAACUCGGAAAUAGUGUUGUCUUCAUCCGCAGCGGCGUAGCCACCGGCAAGACAACACUGGCGGAGCAUUUGGCGCGCCAGUUUCCGAGCAAGUUCGUCCUAGUGCCCUUCACUGGCGCAGGAAAGCAAUCUGUUUGGACGAUACGCACCAUAGAAACUAUCGAGAAAGCCACGGACAGCAAGAUUGACAGAGAUGAUUUAGCCGUUGCCUUCGCGAACUCCCUGACGCUGGCGAAAGAGAAGGAGCUGACCCUCGUCUACGACGAGGCGCACACGCUUUUUGCGUCAUCAGAUCUAUGCUCAGCGCUCUUCAAGAGCGACCCAAGGCAUCGACCAAAGCUUCUGCUAUUCUCAGCCGCAGGCGAUGCAUCCAGAUCCGGAAAUAUCACAGAGUCGACACCUGCUGAAAUCACCCAGAAGUUCAUGUGGACGCCUCCCUUGAGCUACACGAAAGAGCUGCAGACUGAACUGAAGGAAGCGGGUGUGAGGCUGGACCAGAAGAGCAUCGAGUUCUUCAUCCAUUUUUGCGGUGGACAUCGUGGCAUCUUCAUCGCAGCAAUGCAUUGGGUGAGUACUGAACAAAGAGGGAAGAAGGAGGAGAUCUGGAGCUUUGCGGAGACAGUGAGACUUGUGCGCAAGAGCUAUGCCCAUGGAGAUUGGAACACGGCUGACAGGAUUCUGAGCCAUGUAAAGAAAAGUCGUGCAAUCCAUGUCAACGGUCGCUAUCAGUCCUUAGAUGCAAUCCCAGAAGAAUUUAUUCGCCUGCUUUGUGGUGGUUCUUGCAUGAUCGAGGAUGCAACUAAGAGAAGAGAUUUGUGCAUUCAUGGCUUUAUUUUGCCGAAGCAUGAAGAAGACCACGAGCUCCAAAAUGUGAACUGGAGCGACUAUAGUACCAAGUACAAGGUAUCCAAUCCGCUCAUGGCGUCCUACUACCGCCAGGUUCUGAAGCAGGAGCGAGCCUUGCAAGUUGCCUUUACGGAAGACAAACCGCAGCACUGUGCAGACCUACUGCUGCGAGCAUUACCCUACCUUCUCUUCUCCAAGGUCGUAAGCUUCGCAGGAGACGCAUCUGAGUUGGCAACGGAUGGUUUUCCGAUUGAGGCACAGUACACCCAAGCCAUCCGUAGUGUACUGGAGGAAGUCGGCUACCAGCCCUUUGCCCCAGAGCUGUCAGACAAGGGUAAGGGGAAACCAGAUCUUGUGGUGCAUGUUGAUGAGGAGACAUUCGUCAUGGAGGGCGCCAAGAGCAGGAUCCAGGAUCACCUUCAUCGCUUUGAGACGCUGGAAAUGUACAAGAAAGCCAAGCACAAGGGCCUUUGCAUCAUCAGCAACGAUGGCGAGAAGAUGCUCAAGACGGUGAGGGAGACUAAAGGAAGCGAUGUCCAACUCAUAGUCUUGGUCCCCAACAUCGCCCACACCGCCUACACCGUUCACGUGAAGAGCAAGGGCAUCGAACCCAUCAACACCUUCAGCGUGGACUGCGACCUCGUGGCAAGGAGGUUGGUGCUCAAAGACGACGGCAAGCCUGAGCUCUACAGCGUCCAAUCGCUGAAGAGCGUUAACCUGUCUCCAGAAGCUCAGAGCAGCCCAUCUGCCGGAUCUGGAGGCACGACCUCCUCAUCCGUCGUCUGGGUGAGGGAGCUGGCCCGGAAGGACAAACAGCUCACGGAUGGCGAGGAGUUUGAGCCGACGGGCAAUGCGUUCAAAGUGAGAGGAGAUUUGACUGACGUGGAUGACCUCAAGAAGGCUAUCAAGACCGAGAAGCCAAACCGAGUGAAGUGCGAUGCAGAUGAACUGGAUAUAUACAGCCAGCAGGAUGGGAACUGGGUGAAGGAAGACGAAGCCAAUGAACUCAAUCGCGGCACAUCCAAGGAAGAUUGCUACUGGUUCGUGCUGCCACAAAAGACGGACGAUGUGUAA